GUUUACGUAACAUAUUUCAAGUGCCAUUAUAGAGUUCAGUGAAGUGCGUAGAUUAGAUCAUUUAGGUCGAUCGCGUUGCGCGGGUUUGCUUUUAAAGUUGCACUGACUCAGUGAACUUCGAAAAUGUUUGGAAGGCAUUUAUCAAUGUUCAAGCCUCACAUCGGACAAGUGAGAAGUCUUUUGAGACCAUCAAAUCAAUUUGGAAAUUCCAUUAUACUGUUGCAAGAUGGGCUCCUCGUACAAGAACUUCCUGUGCUGGUUCGUCAUACAAGUGACCAUUCCUUCAUAAUCAAAAACUUUGGUCCUGUCAACUCGCAUGAAGUUCAAGGCAGUGAGGCUGUUAGCAAUAAUGUGAGCAAAAAUAAAAGCGAGUUGACAGAAGUUAAAAGUCCCACCAGUGAUGAAGAGGAGUUUGUUGGUGCUCUGACAAGGACAGGGAGGGUUGGACACAUAUACCGCCUUCUUGAAACAGCUACAAUUGAGGGGAUCACCCCAUUUGUUGCCUUGAAGGCUCUGAUCAGAAUUGCUCAGCUUGAGAGCAGAGAAGAUGCAUCUGAAGCUGAUAAGACAUUUGCAAGGCAGGCAGUCAUCCAAAAGCUGAUGAGGACAGUAUUGGAUGGUGGAGAUAAUGAAACUCUGGUAAAUACAUUCACAUUCAUGAAAGAUCUGAAACCUCUUGGGAGUUUGGAUAACCUGUGGCAAGAGUUGCAGUCUCAGUGCAUUGACAAGGCUGCCACAGGGAUGCUAACCAUCAGCCAAAUUGCCAGGGUCAUCAAGAGCCUUCAUGCUGUGAAUGGCACUAAAUCUGCAAUAGCUGAUCAUCUCUGGCAAGGAAUCAAAAUCACUGCAUCUCAGAUCGAUGAGACCAACAUCGCUGACCUGUGCUCCAUCCUGCCGCUGCUCAAGUACAGCAACAAGGUGGUGUUCCACACCCUGAUGGACCAGCUGCCGUCGUUCUGGUGGAAGCUGACCCCUGACACGGCCUGCUCCGUGAUGGACUCGGUGCACGCCGCCGGCCUGGGCUCGCUGGAGCUCUGCCGGAUCCUCGUGCGCUGGACGUCCCUCUCGCUGCACCAGCUGAGCGAGCAGCACCUGCAGGUGGCGCUGGCCUUCUUCUGCGCGGCCGGACACUGUGACGACACGCUGCAGCGCGUGGCGGAGCGGUACUGCCGCGCGCGCGGCCGCUCCGACCUCCUCACGGCCACGGUCGCCGCACUGGCCACCUUCGCUCUGCGCUUCAACAUCCGCUCGGAGGUGCUUCUGGAGACGGCCAGCGACCACUUUGUCUCCCACCAGAGUCAGUACGUCGCCUCUGCCUCCCCGUCCUCCCCCGCCGGCGGCGGCUGGCGUCUGCUGCAGGUGGCGCCCCCACCUCCCGGUGAGGUCACGGUAGUGGUGCGCGCGCUCGGAGAGCUCGACCACCAGCCGCGCGACCGGGUUGGCUUCUUCGCCGCCGUCGAGCGUCACCUGUCGGAGAGUUUCUCGGCCUUCUCCGCAGAGGAGGUGCUCGACAUUUGCCUGGCCUGCGUCUACCUGCGCCGCUACCCGUUGAACUUUUUCAGACAGGUGUUCAACCCGUUCUUCCUGGAGCGAGUCCCGGCCGGCGGACCGGACGCCCAGCGCCUGCGCACCAAACUGAGCGCGCUGGACUGCGCGCUCACCUUCGAGUGUCCCGGCUACCGCGGCCCGAUGCUGCCGCGAGACCUCAGCGCCCGCAGCGUGGCCCGGGACGCGCGGGCCGCCCGUCUGGCGCACACAGUGGCUCCUCAGCUGCGCGCCGUGUUCGGGGUGAGCCAGGUGGAGCCGGCCGGCCCUCUGCCGCAGCUGCCGCUCCACCCGCUCUACCUGCCCGACCUGACGUGCCGCCGCGGCGACGGCCGCCGGCUCUGCCUCUUCCUGAACCCGCCGGAGCGGUACGCGCGCGGCACCGAGCACCCGCUGGGGCCGCUGCAGCUGCGGCGCCGGCAGCUGCGGCAGCUGGGACUGGCCGCUGUCGACCUGCCGCUCCGACAGCUGGCGCAGAUGGUGGUCCACCCGGCGCUGCUCAGGAAGCGGCUGGCCGACGCCGUGGUGGAGGCAGACUGACCCGGGUAGGUCGACUGGGGGAGGGGGAGGGAGUGAGGGGCGCGACUAGGUUCGAGGUCGACUGGGGGGAGGGAGAGGGGAGGGUUGGCUGUGUGCGACUCCCGGCAGGUCCGGGCAGAGUGACAGGGUGAUCCGUCAGGGUGGGAUGGAUGCUUCGUCAACUUGUGGUACCUUGUGGUUGCUCGAGGUCCGGAAUAGGCCUAGUGUGUCGUUGGAGCGGUGGUUCGCUGGUCGGGCUACCGCGCAAGGAGGACUGAAAUCGUGCUGCUAUGAAUGGGCUUCCUCUGGUAAUUAAGACAGGCUGGAUAAAGCACAGCCAUUGAAGUUCGGCCGGGCUCGGCUGUAGGAACUACACAGACUGCCGGGCCCUUUUUCUGAAGCCGUAAAGCAGAGACCUGAGGUCGGUGAGCUGGAUCCUACCCAGUGAUAUGGUUGUGCCACUGAGGGUGCAUGGCUGUUCGAGAGCUGCUUGGUGCAAACUAUUUUGAGAGAAGUUGUGAUAUGACUAUGGACGUCGCAAUAUUUGUGAAGAAUGGUUGACUUUUUCUUGUAAGAAGAGAAUCUUACGUAAUAUUAAGACAAGUGACUUUGAUGUGUUGGGCCAGUGCUUUUGACGGUUAACUAUUUUUGUGUUGAAGAUAAUGUCGUUAUUUCGGUGUCAAAUAUAGUGAUAUACUUUUAGUC